AAUUGCAAGUAUAUGAUAGUACAUAGUACAAGUAGUAGAAUAUGUACGAUAUCACACGAAGAAGGGAGCCUACAACGGCCGCCUUUCCGUUCCCUGGUAAUGUUCAGUAACCGUCGACCGUUUGUUUGGUGUACAUCUUCACCGGAAGAAUAAUUAACAAGCUUUAAUUGAAUAAAAAGAGAUUGAGUGUCUACUUUUAGAGUACCAUAAAAAUUUUACGGCUCGCCAAAAAAUUUUGUCUGCUGUAUACUAGUAGUCCUGCUCUUCUGUACUUCCACCUUGUAUAAAUUUUAUUUUUGCAUGGACAUUGAGCUUAAGUAUUGGAAAGCCCACUGUAUGAAUUUUCAAUCACACAUGAACGUUGGGCACUUUGAGAUUUGUUAAAUUUUCGGCAAUAUGACUAAUGAUAAGCAGUCAUGGUUCCGUGGAGUACGGAGCAGUAAAUUCCGACAUGUGUACGGCCUACCGGCGAAGCGGGAUAAGUGCUAUGACAAUAUAAAAAUCACAAAAAAUGCUCAUGAUUCACAAUUUUGUGCAGUUAAUCCAAAAUUCCUAGCUGUUGUCACCGAAGUAGCAGGUGGUGGUGCAUUUCUUGUAAUUCCUCUUGAUAAUACGGGACGGUUGGAUUUCAAUGCAAAUAGAGUAACAGGACAUACGGGUCCUGUUUUGGAUAUAAAGUGGAAUCCAUUUAAUGAUAAUGUCAUCGCAUCAUGUUCCGAUGAUUGUACAGUCAAGCUUUGGCAUAUACCUGACGGUGGUCUCUCGAGGAAUCUCAAUGAGUGGUUAGUUGAACUACAGGGUCAUAAGCGUCGUGUGGCCUACAUCGAGUGGCAUCCAGUCGCUGAAAAUAUUCUAUUCAGCGCUGGUUUCGAUCACCUCGUCAUUGUAUGGGAUAUCAAUCGCGGUGAAGCGAUAAAUAUUAUCGAUCGUCAUCCAGAUGUUAUCUAUAGUAUGUCCUUGAACAGGGAUGGUAGUUUAUUAGCUACUACCUGUAAGGAUAAAAAAUUACGAGUUUUUGAGCCACGUUCGGGCAUUGUUAUUUCAGAAGGAUUAUGUCAUGCAGGAACAAAAGCAAGUAAGGUCGUAUUUCUCGGUGGUUCUGGACGUCUCUUGACAACAGGAUUUAGUAGACACUCUGAUCGUCAGUAUGCUGUUUGGAGUCAGCAUGAUUUGUCAAGUCCGCUUACAUGUGAAACGAUAGAUUCAUCAAGUGGAAUCGUAUUCCCAUUUUGUGAUAACGACACUAACAUGGUUUAUCUUGCUGGCAAGGGAGACGGUAAUAUAAGAUACUACGAAGUUGUUAAUGAAGCCCCUUGGUUGCAUUACCUAAGUCAAUUUAUAUCGGGUAAUCCUCAGCGAGGGCUGGGCUUUAUGCCAAAACGAGGUAUUAACACAUCCACGUGUGAAGUAUUCAGGUUUUUUAAGUUACACGCAACUCGUGGUAUGUGCGAGCCGAUUUCAAUGAUAGUACCGAGAAAAAGUGAUCAGUUUCAAGAAGACUUGUAUCCCGAUACGGUGGGAACGACUCCUAGUUUGUCAGCAAAAGAUUGGAUCAGCGGAAUGAACAGUCCACCUAUUUUGAUAUCAUUAAAAACUGGUGGUGGCAUUACAACUCAUAAACCACGUGUUUAUAAACCGCCUCAAUUGUUACCAGCGACAGAUACUAACACUAAAAAAAAAUUUGCAUUUUUAUCUACGGAAACAAUACCUGAUUACAGGUCAAUUGAUCUUGAUAUAUCAGAGAAAAGCCAGAAAACAUCAAGUAAUCAGAGCACAAAAAUUCACCAGCUGCAACAAAGAUUUGGUCAUGUGACCAUUCAGACACCGAGAUGUAGCAACCAAUUCUAUGAGCUCGUUAGCAAGUUUGGAGCCUAUACGAAUUGUUAUAAGAAUAAUAAUUCAUCGGACAAUAAAAAUUUGGAGUCUGUUGAUGUGCCGAAUAAUGAAGCUGAACUUCGAUUAGCUUAUGUGCGACAAAUGGAGGAACUACGAUUGGUAAAACGGCAAUUAGCCAACAGUCAACUGCGUGUCAAAGAACUUGAGGAGCAGUUAAGAAAAUUGCAGAAUCACUGAACCAAUUUAUUUUCAUAUAUAUUUAUAAAUAUAUAUACAUUUAUAUAUAUAUAACUAUUUAUAUAACGAUUUAUUGUUCAGAGACACAAAAUUUAUGUUCAAUCGCCGCAGAGUGGAGAAAAUAAUAUUAAUUUAUCAAAUGCUUGAAGCUACAAUCAAUUAUAAUAAGAUUUAUAUUUUAAGAAUUUCAGUACAAAGCUUCACGAUCUAAAGAUUGGAAUAAUACUGAUAGAGUAAAUAUAAAGUUUAUUUUUCUUUAUUUUCUUUGUUUUAAAAAAAAAGAAGAAAGUAUUUCUUUGCGGUAAAUUUACUUGAUAUAAAUUUUUUUAGAGUAGUAAUCCAGUCUUUGUAAGGUAAUACUCUGUGAUUCAUUCCUUAAUUUUUUUGUUUGUUCCCAUGUUUUAUUGUGAUGUUUUUUUUUUUUUUUUGUUUAAAAAUCAAUUCUAAUUAACUUUUGAUGAAUUUAUAUUAUUUGUUUAUUCGUGCAUAUCAUUGAGUGAGAUGCUGAAUACCAUGAUAAACUUUUUUUUUUAUUUAUAUUUUUAUAGAAUCAAUUUUUGUUUGUUUUGUUUUGGUCCAUGUAUAAGUAUUAUAAUUAAUAAUUAUUAUUUAAUUAUUCGGAUGGUGGGUGUAUAUUUUUUAUUAGACAAUUAUUUUGUUUAGAUUAAUUGAAAAUUAAAUUAUAAUUUUUCUUUUUGUUUAAAAAUGAUCAAAAUCAUCGACUUUAUAAAAAAAAUAAUAAUAAUCAUGAUAAUAAUAAUUGAUUGAGAGUUAGAAUUAAAAAAAAGUAUUUACGAUUACUUAACGAAGAAAAAAAUUUUUUUACUGCUAAUUAAAAUUUUGUAUAAUAUCUCAAUAUUUAUACGUAUUUUUUCAUACCUCAACGUAGUCCAAUUAGUUAUUUAAGGAAUUUAACCCCACGGCCCAAUUAAUUUUUAGUGAUAGUGAAUCCUGAGAAGUUAUGAAUAAUUAUUAUCAUUAUCAUAUUGCACAAAAUGGUUUUGAAUUUAAUUAAUAUUAAUAUUAUCUAACCAUUAAAUAUUUAUGUUUAAAAAAAAACUAAAUUAAUUACGCUGUCAUAUUUAAUACACAUCUAUAGCGUGCCUUGAUAAUAACUAAACAUUAAAACUGCCGCCUUUUUUCUUGAAUAAAAUUUUUCAUUAUCUACUAUAUGAUAUAAUAAUCAUUGAAUGUCAUUAAUUUUAUCGAAAGAAGUGACACUUUCAAUAAAAAUAUAUAUAUUUGUAGCUGCUAUUACGAAUGACUUUAAAAAAAUUUUGAAAACACAGCGCACAUAAUUGCCAAUUAAAACUUGUUAUUAAUGCUAUAAUAUAUACAUAUGUUUGCUUUGUUUUUGUUUACAAUACUAUAUUAAAAUAUUAAAAGAUCAAGUGCAAUAAUCGAUAGAAAAAAAUAUCAUUCCGUAAUCUCGUGUUCAAUGUUUUUAGACUAAAUCUUUUAAACUAUAGACGUGAUAUAAAGUAUUCGCACGGUAAAUAAAAAUGGAUUAAAAUUAUGAAUUAUAUAAUUAAACAGUAUAUUUGUAAAACAGAUGCCUUAAGGAUAUAAUAGUUUACAAAAUGCCAAAGAAAAUACUAGUAAAACGUAUAGAUGAUUUUAAAUAUUUUAAAAUAAUCGACGACAUUAAUACAAUAAUAAAAUUUUUUAAAUUUUUAACCGAGAGUAAAAAGCACACUCAACGCAACGCGUUUGACGUGUCCAAGAAUAUUAUAUAUUUAUUCAUACGAAUUAUAUAUUAUACUUGCAUUUUAUAAUUUGUAGCUUACUUGAAUAAAGUGAUGAAUUUUUUCGAGGUAAUUAUC